AACAACGAUUAGGACAGAAACUCUAGACGGAGUAAUAACCGGCAACUAAUGACAUCAUUCAUUAUUAACGACAAAAAAAUUCAACUGAUUUUAAGAGCCUUAAAAGAGGCAUUGUUUCACUAAGUUUAUUACGCCACCGGCAGUGAAGGCUGGAAAACGAGUCAUGGUGAAGCUUCGAAUACUGUUUAUUGUGCUGCCUUUUCAUUUAGUUUUCUCUUUGGAUGACCAAAAAGGUUGCGGUAAUAAGCCGGCCGAUGUGGAGUUUGUGUUGGAUUCCAGCGGAAGUAUUUUGUUCAAGGACUUCCGGAAGCAGCUACAAUUCACUAAAAACUUGGUGGAUAUGUUUGACAUUGGACGCAAUAAAACCCGAGUUGGAAUGGUUAGCUUCAGUACUCAGGUAAUUCCGGAAUUUGUGAUGAGUGAGUACGACAAUAAAGAAGAUAUUAAGCACAGGAUAGACAAUGUCCGGUACCAAGGGGGUAGAACUUACACGGGAGACGCACUGCAUUACGUCAGAACGCAGGUGUUUCCGGUCGAUGGUGGGAGACAGAAUGUCCCGCGCAUCUCCAUCGUCCUCACUGACGGAAUGUCCCAAAACUUCGAGUACACCAUUCAGGAAGCUGCAGCAGCGCAUGCGCAGGGGAUUACCAUCUUUGUGAUAGGGAUUGGCAAUAAGGUGGACAAAAAAGAACUGAAGGCAAUAGCAAGUCAGCCGACAGACAACUUCAUGUUUAUGAUAGAUAGUUUUGAUGCACUCCAGUCCAUCAAGAACUUGUUAGCUAACAGAACAUGCAAAGUUCCACCUGCCACAAGGCCCCCGCCUACCAUGCCCACCAUCAGCGAGGACGCCAUUCUGAAUGGAGAUGCUCACUGUAGUCCUGAAUUAUCCAUAGAAUUAAAAAUGGCUGUUGACACGGCCGCGGUAGGAAUAGACAACUCGAAAUUCAUCCUGCGGUUUAUCGCUGACUUGUCUGAUCGCCUUGACCUUCAACAGAGUCACUCCAAGAUCGACACGGUGAGCAAUGGAUGCGCCUCCCAAAAAUUGGGUGAUAUAACGUUUGGUUCCGGCCAUGACCGUGAAAAGAUUGAAACCACAUUCAUGAAAAAUACACAAGGGAUCUCCUCCAUGAUGCGAAAAAUGCGACUCAGCUUCAGUCGAAACAAUCGGAGGAAGAAAGUGGGUGUUCUAUUCAUGGGGGAGACAUUGGGAGGAAAUGAGUACAGCCAAGCCUUGCGUGAGACCAGUCGAGCUUACUACAUGGGGAUUCAGUUAUUUGUGGUGGGGGUGGGUGACCGAGUUACCAGACGACAGGCUUACUUCAUAGCAAAGGGAAGCAACCACGCGCUCUUUGCUGCGUCUUACGAUAAUUUGGAUUUUGUGGAGGGGCCCCUAUUGCUACAGAUUUGUAAGUUAAAACCAUGACGGAUGACUUCAUGAACGUUUUUAUUUUAUAUUUAGAAACACUGCGACAUAUUAUUGUGAUCGAGUGCCUCUUCUUCCACUGACUAUAUCCGUCAGUUUAUGGAAUAUCAGUCUGAAAAACAAGAAAUAAAUGAGAUUGACAUGGAGAA